UUAAUCAUUUGUAGCAAAGGAAGAAACUGAAGAUAAGAAAAUGCUGUUUACUAAUCUGUUGAUGUUUUUGGAUUAACUGGAGAGCAAAAGUUGUUAAAUAUGAGAUUUUUAUUGACAGGAUUUAAACCAGAUGAAGCUAAAACUGUAAUUUGAGGCGUUCUGGGUAAAACAAAAGUAGGUUUUUAAUCUUAAAUGCAAAAUGUUCAUAUUUUGUACAGUUGGUUAAAGUUCUGCUCUGACUUGUCCUUUCAACUAAUGGCCAUCUUUAGAGGAUGUAUACUCCAGUUGCCAAUUAAUUGAUUAUUAAAUUUGUUGACAAUAAUUCAAAUAAUCGAUUAAUGUCAAUUCAAUUAAUCGUUUCAGCUCUAUUUAUCUAUUUAUCAGUGAAGCUCUUUCCUGUUGAAGGAAAAUCUUGCCAACCUUAUAGACACAAACGUAAUUAAAAUAACAAAAAAAAGACUUUAUAACAAUAACUGGAUUGUCACUUUAUCAUCUGCGUAACUGCUAAUUUACAAUAACUGUUUUUAAAGUUGAAUAUUCCUGUAAAUUUCAACAUGUAGCAGCUUUAAUUUUUCAAUAUAACUUUAAAAGUUAAUCAGUGAAUAUUUCAGCAUGUUGGAUGUUUUAUGAGACUCAGUAUCAGUGACUGAUCUGGUUUUAAUCAGUUAAUGUUACAAAGUAUUUAUGGGUAAAAGAGGCGAAUCAUGUGUGAAUAUCGAUUUGACUAUUUUUAAAAUAAAGAAUGACAUUUUUAUUUCCUCCUUUUCUCCCAUAUAGAGAUGCCUGGUCACUGUUACAGGUUUCAUGCUGAGCUUCAUGUGCAGAAAACCAAAUAUUUAACAUAUUGUAGAAGCACAAACUACAAUGCAAAACAGAGGAUUCAGCUUCUUUUAUCUCAGUCAGAAGGAUGUGGGGAUGUAAACAUCUUCCACUUUAUCCUGAUCAAACCAAAUUGUUCCCUCGUUUUCUCCACUGCAGGUUUGCAGCUUUAUGUUUCUCUGAUCGCCAAGUUCAUCUUAUCAACACCGUUAGUGAUUUUCUGCUGAAAGAGGAGCCAUGAAAAACAACGGUGAGAAAACACUGAAAUAGCUGUUUUGUCCUCAUUUUACAUACAUCUAAAAAAAAACCUAUACUUAUACCAAAGCCAAGAGUUAAAAAAAAGCUUCUGGCUAAAAAUAGUGAAAUAUUCCACCACAGAUUUACAGAAAUGGGAAAUUAUUAGUUUGAUGAUGUUUCUGUUGUCUCGUUUCUGGAGAAUAUUUCAUCAGAACAAAAUCUCGCCAACAUGCUCUGAGCAAUAAUCAUCAGUGGUUCUGCUCAGAUCAGCUUGAUAUUAAGCAACUUUUCUAAGACUUUGCUUCUAGUUCUUGGAAAAUCUUAUAUCUGUAAAUCAGAAGUUUCACCUCUCUGAUCAAAAUGCUUUUCAGAUCCUGCUGUGGAAACUGAGAACGCUGCCGUCUCCCAGGUGAGUCUGAAUAUUUAUAAAACACCUGAGUUUCAUUAGUUUCUACCUGUUCUUGCUUUUCUUCUUCCUCCUCCAAAUCAAUCCAGAGGGAGGAAAUCAAAGGACAGACAAAACAAAUCAUCUGCUGAGGAAAUAUUUUCAAUUUAUUUCUGAACUAAACUCUCUGAAACAAUCAAGUCCAAAGAACAUUUAGUUCCAUGUUUUCACAAGAAAGGAGGAUUGCAACAUACAGAUGCAGAAGUUCAUAGUUUAUCAGUGAAGCAGGAAGAGAAGAAGAAUUAGAAACCAUCAGCAGCUCAGGAUGAAGGUCUGUCUCACUCUGAUCUGCCUCCUCUUCCUCACAGCUCUGCAGGACGGAGACGCUCAGAGACGCUUUAGAGGAAAGGAAGGAGAAAACAUCACAGUUGGAUGUAAAUUUUAUUUCUCUGGAAACGAGACGUUCUUCUGUAAGGGAAUAUGUGAAGGAACAAAUAUUCUGGUUCAAACAUCCAGUGACACAGCUCAGAAAGGCAGAUACAGCACCAGCUUUAAAACAUUUAACACCAGAACAUAUGUUCUGGAUGUGAGCAUAAAGGAGCUGAAAGGUUCUGACGCAGGACGGUACCGAUGUGGUGUGGACAAUCCUGGUGUGCGGUUCGAUGAAUUUGACCUCAUUGUGACUAAAGCUACAACUUCAGAACCAAACUGGACCCUGAAGACUUUUCCAUCAACAAUGAACAAAGGUCUGCAGCUUUAUCUGAUUCUGUCUCUGGUCGCCAAGAUCAUCUUGUUAUCGACACCUUUGAUGAUUUCCUGCUGGAAGAGGAGAACCAUGAAAAGCAAAGGUCUGCAGCUUUAUGUGAUUCUGUCUCUGGUCGUCAAGAUCAUCUUGUUAUCGACACCUUUGGUGAUUUUCUGCUGGAAGAGGAGAACCACGAAAAGCAAAGGUCUGCAGCUUUAUGUGAUUCUGUCUCUGGUCGUCAAGAUCAUCUUGUUAUCGACACCUUUGGUGAUUUUCUGCUGGAAGAGGAGAACCACGAAAAGCAAAGAUUCUGCUGGGGAGACUGGGAACGCUGCCGUCUCUCAGAUCAACCCAGAGAGAGAGGAAAUCCCAGAGGACAGACAGAACAAUUAAUCUGCUGAUGAAAUAAUUUCUGUUUAUUCCUGAAUUAAUCUCAAAAAAACAUUUAGUCUCAUAUUUUCACUAGAAAAUAACUGAAUGUCAAAGAUACAGGAACGUUUUCUACACAUUAUGAAGGAGUUUUGGCACUUGGCUAAAAAAUGUUUCUUCAUUGAAUGUUACAGAAGAUGUUUGAAAGAUAAUCUAAUUACCGUGUUGUAAAGAUGUUUUUUUAAUAAACUCCUGUAAAUAAGCAAAUAUUUUGUAUUUUAAUAAAUUAAAUUUUCUACGUUAGCAUUAAAAAUAUGAGGAUAAAACCUUAAAUAAGACAAAAGUAUCAAAUAAAGGUCAGAAUAAUUUAGAUUUGGAUGAAACAAUGAAACCUACAAACAUAAAAAGGAUUAUUUUUAUAACAAAGAACACAAAUAUAGAUUUAACAUUUAUAAGAUUUUUAAAUAAAAAAAAUCAUCAUUUGAUAUUUUUAGGACCCCAUUUUGUACAUUUGUUUUUAUUCCAUAUUCUAUGUUGAAUAUUGCGAUGAAUGUGAAUUUUGUACUGUGGAAAAAACAACAAUAUAGAGGAUGUAACAACAAUUGAGAGGAAAAACUAAAAAAAUAAAGUUUAUAUAUUCUUUCAUA